GGUGCGCUCGAUGCAUGAAAGUUUGUACUGGAGAAACACUACGAUUCAACGAUCAGCUUUUUCAUGCUAACUGCCUGGUUUGCCUGGUGUGUGGCACAGACUUAGCAAAUGUGGGAUUCUUUGAGCAAAACAACCAGUAUUUUUGUCCUGACGAUUUCCAAGAACGUUUUGGCACGAAAUGCAUUGUUUGUCAUCUGUUUGUGGAAGGUGAAGGGAUUAAUAUUGGUGGAAAUGCCUACCAUUUGAGAUGCUUUGUUUGUACCACUUGUGGAAAUCCAUUUCCUCCAGGAGAAAAGGUUGUGUCAAAAGGUAGUCAAUAUGUGUGUCAACAGUGUAGUGCAAAGGAGACAAGCAGUGAUAUUAGAGGACCCAAACUUGAGAAGUGUGCUGGCUGUGGAGAGGAUAUUCGCAGUGGUCAGUCCUUGCUAGCACUGGAGAAACAGUGGCAUCUAUGGUGUUUUACUUGCACAAAAUGUGGCUGUUUGCUUGCUGGAGAAUACAUGGGCAGAUUGACAAAUACUGCAUAUUUGUCUUGUCAGGCAGGUGAGAAACAUUAUCAUCCUCAAUGUUCAAGAUGUGCAAGGUGUCAUGGAGUGUUUGGUGAGGGUCAAGAGAUGUUUCUACAGGGCUCUGAAAUUUGGCACCCUGAUUGUAGUUUUGCAGCAGCACAGAAUGGUGAACUUGACACACACUCAGCAGCUCCAAGGGAUGGAUAUCAGAAUUCCGCAGAAGAGGAUGGCCACCGUCCCUCCCCUCCCACCAGAACCUCAGCAAGUCGUACAACAGAUUGGAAAGUGAAGUAUUCACCUCAGAAAGAAGAGGAAACAUACAGGCUGACACAGCCUUGGAGAGGAGGCGAGGACGAGCAGUCUGCCUAUCAGCCAAGAUAUAAUUUACAUACAGAGUCAUAUAACAGUGGUUCAUACAGAGAGAUCACUGCAAGAAAAGAGGAAAGUCUGAUUGAGGCCCCACGAGAAAUAGGUUCGAGAGCUCCCUUAGACUUGCAGGAAUACGAUAGAGAAGUUGACCAGAAACCCAUGGUAAGUAGGGUAGGGUGAGUCGAGGGGUAAGUAGUGCAGGGUGGAAAGGCCGCUGACUAGCAUUGGCUCGAGUCUAACUUGACCUAAAUGACAUUUAUAAUGUGAAGUUGUUCGCCUAAAAUUUGGGAUAACUGCUUUAAGAACUCACGCUGCAGCACAAAAGCGCGCGGCGUAGCCGCGAGCGCGAAAUCGAGCGGCGAAGUCGCGAGACGAGAUAGUGAGCCGGCUCACUUUCUUGGCGCCUCUUCACCAGACUCCUUCCCGCCGGAUCGCUUUGCUCUUUGCCGCU